AAAGAAAAAGAAAAAGAAAAAGAAAAAACAAAUGAAAAAACCAACCUCCACUCUCCCUCCAAUAAACCCAAAGAGUAUCGACCAUGACAUGAUUAGUUUAACUUUGACAGUGAUGCCACUCUGGAGUUCCUGCUGAAGUAUACAAGCAAUAUUAUUUAAGGAGGUCAGUACUUUUUCGUACCUGUAUUUUAAGAAUAAGGGCUUUUUUUAAGACUUCAAGUAUUCCAGGUUAUUUGGAGAAUUCUGUGUUUGUGAAAUGCUUGACUAUGGAAAAGGAUGAAAUAAGCUUAUAAGAGUAUCUUAGGUUAUGAAAAUGUGAUUGGAAAAUAUAUUGCAUAUUGCAAACAUAUACAUGCAAAAAUGUAUGCUUUUUAAAUGUACUUUCUAUAAUUUGCACUGAUAAUGUUUUUCAAAAUACCUCUUGCAAGUUAGGCUUAAAGAGGAGAGUUAGUUUUUGUCAAGCUUGUCCCAUCUGGCUGUGUGUUUCUCACUUCUGCUGUUGAAGUUCACCCAAAGGCCCAAAGGAAUCCUGACUAUGGGUAGUACAAACAAAAGUAAAUUAAACCUGAAACAUAAAAGAUGGUAGGAAAUUUUAAGUAGUCUUCUGCUGUUGACCCUCAUCAUCUUUAUUUUAUUUCUAUUCAUUAUUUGCUUUACUGUUUUGCUUUGGUGUCGUCUUUUAUAUGCUGAAAUAUUCAUGUUGCCUCUUAAAGUGCUGCUGUUGGAUACAGCUGGGUUAACGGGCCUGUGAAAUCAAAGUAUAAAUUCCUCAGCAUCCCAGAUUUUGGAAGCAAAAAUGCUGUGACAAAGUAGGGUGUUGCUGAAGCUUAUUACCAGUGCUGUCAGUUGCAGUGAAAGCAGCACACCCCAAAAUGUCAGGCAGCGGGGCUGCUGUCGAGAGGGGUAAUUAGGAGCAAUUAGCCAGACUCCCUGCCGGGCAGAUCGCUGUUGCCUUUCUCCUUUUUGCCCUUACUCCUGCUGCCACUGCGGGGCAAGGAGUUAUGGCAGUGAUGGUUCCCUGGUGGAGAGAGAGGGAGAGAGUGUGUAUGUGUGAGAGUGUGUGUGUGUGUGUGUGUGUGUGUCCGUGCGGGCGCCCCGGCCCCCUCCCCGCCCCGCCGCAUUGUGGAGGGAGGGACCGCGGCCGCCUCCGCCGCCGUGCGGGGCCGGGCGCUGUCCGUGGUGCUGAGCCCGGCGGGACGGGCGCUGUCCGACGUGCUGAUCCAGCAGGGUCGGGCGCUGCCCGAGGUGCUGAUCCAGCAGGGCCGGGAGACGUCCGGGCGCGGAUCCCAGCGGGGGCCGGGAGCUGUCCGAGGUGCUGAUCCCAACAGGGCCGGGAGCUGUCCGAGGUGCUGAGCCGUGCUGCCCGGGCGGCACCAUGGUUUUCGCUCCAGGUGAGAAGCACGGGACAGAGCAAGAUGAAGUUAAGCUGCAGAUUGCCAGCAAGCAGAUUGUGCAGACUGCUAUCCUCCGAGCAGUGCAACAAGUUUCCCAGGAGAGCCAGCAAAAGGAGAAGCGAGCAAACACCGGUACAAGCCUCCAACUAGAAAGAGGAAAACUAACCAAGAAGCAUGAAAAGAAGUAAAGGAGGAGAUUGGGGUUUUUUUCAACUCCAGUCUGCAAGUGUUUUCAGCCUUCUCUUUAGUAUCAGCUGUAUUGCUAGUGCAAUGCUACUGCUGUAAAGCAAACCAAAGUAUUAUCACACCUAGACAUAGGGUAAAACUGCAAUAGUCCUCAUCUGAGAAAUAUUAAGUGCAUUAGAUGAAUGACUCCAUAUUUAUGCAGUGCCUCUUAACAGAAACAAUAACCAUAGCUGUAAAAGUAGUUUCAAGCACAAGCUCUUAUGAUAUGGUCUUAUUCUCAAAAGCUUGUUGCCAGUGCACUUUCAUGCUAAGUUCUGCGUGCAACAUUCAUGUCAGUUCAGCUGGACGGACUCUUCUUUGCGUUACUGGGCUCACUGAAGCUCUCUUUGCUGAAGGAAUCUUCAUUGUCAGGUGUAGCAGAAUGCUUUCAGGCUCCCUCGAAGCACGGGUUUGUAUUUUGCUUUGAUUAGGCAUGAACUAUGUGAAAUGGUAGUAUAAAGCGGAUUUGGUAAGUUCUGUGAACCAGUUUAUUUUUUCAUCUUGGGGGAGAAAAAAAAAAGCAAUCCAGUAAGACUGCAGUGACUGUGAUCUAUGACUAUGAUCAUAUACCUAUGAUCUAUGUCUUUUUUUAAAAGUAGUUAAAUACUGAAGUUUUAGUCUACUUAUUGAAAUACUUCUAUACUUCUGCAUAAAAAUCACGUGUGCCUCAACUAUUUCUUUUUAUUUUCUUGAUAUUGAAAGAAAAGGAACUGAUGUGAAGAUAAGGAGUUGGCCAGAAUUUGCUCCAGUUUUGCAACUUUGCUGGGUCUUGAUUUACAGAAAGUGAAAACAGAAGUGUAUUUAAAAAAAGAGGGUUAAAUACAUAUUUUAAUAUUUUUAAGGAUGAAAAUAUACAGUAUUUGAAUUCUGUCAUAGCAGGUAUUUCUCACCUGCAGGGUGUAAAAUGACUUUAGAUAUUUGCAGUUGUUACGUAUUCAAUUUAAAUAGCACUGCGUGAAGCUGGUAAUACAGAGCCUAUCCUUUCAAUUGCUCUAUAUAGCUGAAGAAAUCCAUGACAUUUCUGAAAAUACAAAUUAAAUAAAUGUACCCUUCACUUUUAUUGCUCCCUUUGUGUAAUGAUGAUUGCACUAUUAUACAUGUUAAAUGAAUAACAGUAUAUUUAAUUCUAGAAAUGGCUUGUAGCUCUGCUUCAAGUGAAUUCCUGUAGUAAUACACCUGGAAAUACAAAGAAGAAGAUGCCCUGCAAAGCUUUCUUAAUGGCUUUUCUAUUCAGCUAGAUGAUCCUCAAAGAGACUGUGGGUUAAAUAACUGGCUAUUACUGUGUCCUGUUGCUUGUGUUAAAUGAUUUUGGGAUUCCUUCUCCUGGACAGAGGCUUAGUCAUGAAUAACCACAUUCUGUAAUAUUAAGUCUUUUUAAUCUGCUUGGUUUUUUUUUUUUUUUUCUUUUUAAAAUUUAACAGCACUGACUCAUACAAGAUAGUGAUUUAGCUCAAUCUUCUUUCACUUAAAAAUGCAAAGAGGAAUUCAGCUUUCAUGAUUGAAAGUGUUCCAAAUCAUCUAGUAAUGAAAAAUGACCUGGAUUCCAUGUACACAGGUGGUUCACUUCUGUAGAUGCUGGGUGAAUUUUUAGUCGAGCAAACUUUGGAAGGUGAAAGUAGUUGGGUCUUGAGGCAUGUCUGUGUUUUUGUAAUAGUAAUUUUUUAACCGUUAGCUUUUUUUCACCAGUUCACCUUUGUUUGGGAGGUAACUCUUUUCUUACCACUCUUUGCAUUUUUGCUCUCUGAGAGCCUAAGAAAACUGAUAAUGAAUAAAGGCUCAGUUCUGAGGCUGAUGAGCAGACAAGUCUGGUGGAUGAGAGAGUGCAAACCUGUUGGAGAGACUAGAGACUCUGUGGUGCAAAACGAUGUUUGCCAUGGACUCAUCAUGCUGCAGGAAGGAGAGACAUCUUCACUUAUUCAAUAUUAUUUUACUUUUUAAAUGCUUUUUGUCCCCAGACAUUUGAAAUAUGUUUGGGUUUGCUGUUUUCUUUUGGUUGUGUGGUUUUUUUGUUGUUGUUGGUUUUGAGUUUUUUUAUGUUUUGGUUUUUUGUUACUGAUAAUUAUGUUAACAACUUUCAUGUAGUUUUGAAACUGUUUCUUUCUAUGCCUUUUUUUUAAUUAAUCAUUUUGGCAAAAGAAGAAUUUCAAAAACCAGUGAAUCUGGGCUUUUUUCCACUGCUUCAUAUGAGCCUAUUCCACUCCUCCUCCCACUCUGCACUUCUACAAUAUCCCUUUACUGCCCCUUUGCUACUGCCCUAGUCCUAUUAGUCACACUAUUUAUUACUCAGCUAGUCAUGUCCAUCAUUAAUAGUCAUGUCCAUCAAAUAGUCCUGUCCAUCAUUGCCAGAAUACCAAUGCCAUCAGAAGUCUAAUAUAUUGGAAAAUCAAAAAUGACUGAGAGCCUUGGUUUCUUAUAUGCUUACUAGACAAUCUCAUGAAGUAAUGUGUGCUCAUGAGGUUUGUAGUAAUGGAUGCAUUAUUCAGCACAAAAAGAUCCAUAUCUUAGAAAUACAAGGCAAUCAAAAAGGUAUCUAUAAGUAUUUAAAAUAAAUGUACCACUUAUUAGCACUUAUAGUGGUAAGUAAAAUGUUGUACAAAUAUGUGAAAUUAUAUUUAUCACAACUCCAGAAGAACAGAGGAAUCAAGUGUGUGUGGCUAUCCUGCACUAUGCUUGCUAUGUUGUUAUUCAGGCUGAUUAUAACAAUUUUAUUAUCAUAUUGCACUCUUCUUUGUAAGGUUAAUAAAGCAGCAAUGCCUAAAUGGAGAUUCACAUGGCCACAGCAGGAUGUUGUAACAGAUUACUAAAUGCCACUGUACAUCAAGUUUUUGGUCCUGUGUGGUUACACUGGAAAUCUCUGCUCUAAAAUAAAUAAAACCAACAACUGUGACUUGGAAACAGCCAUAUUAAUUUUAUCAUUUCAGAAAAAUAAAAAACCAUUCUGUGAUAAUAUUAUGAGUUGGAGAUUCUUGGAUGUUUAUUCAAUAGCAAACAAUCACCUAGAAUUCUUACUGACUCUACUCAAGUCAUGUAUGAUUAUUUUUUCUGGUGAUAUUUUUUAAGUGUCUCAGAUUAUAGUAUGUCUGCAGUGGUAAGUAUAUAAAAAUGCUAUGUAACUAUUCUUAAUAUGAUUACCAUGAAAUAUGCUGCAGUUGUUCUUUAAAUGUGUGCCUAUGUCAAAUACACAGUUAAUGUGUCAUUACUGAAGGCUUUUCUAAAAAAAAAAGUUUCAUUUCAAUUAGUGAAAAAUAUAAAAGGAAGUAAAAUGAAUUCUUGAAAGAAUAUGCGAUUCACUGAUUCACCCAUUCCCUUGGUUAUCCACUCAGGUCUGAGAAUAAAUUAAAUAAAUAAAAACCUAACUCUUGACAUAAAGUAAUUUUUCACAAUGGGUUCCUGCAACACGGGGAUCAAGUUGCUUAAACAGUUUGUGGGAGCUGGGGGGAGAACCUGAACUACUGCUAAAUGUCUUCUUCACUGCUUCAGUAAGGAGUGAGCAGCAGUACUGAUGGAGCCUGAUGAAUGGGUUUUCUCUUCAUUAGGUUUUGGUGCCUCAUGGUAUGGUCUGCCAGAAUCUUUUCCCCUGUUUUGGGUAAUAGGUUUUUAAUUUGUCAUGUAUCCUGCUGUUCAAAACAAGUACAAGUAAGAUCUCAAUUCUUUGCUUCCAGAACUUCAUUCACAACACCAGGCGGAUAUGCAUGAACUUUUGUUUUUAAAGAUCAUCUUCCCUGGAUUUAGUCAACAUGCCUAGUGAUUUCUUUAAUCCCUAAGACUGAAUGGGUGAACACAUAUAUUAUCUGUGUGCUCAGGGAACACCAAGAAAUAGAUACAUAUUUUACAUUUGCUUCUAAGCUGUUCUUGUCUGCCAGGCAGAUUGUCUUUGUUUAAUUAACAUAAUCAGCUUUUCUUUUCUCAUCCCUUUUCCUCCAGUGACUUGCUACUUGGAUUUUGUUAUACGA